AUGGCAGUGAACAUCUGCCCGUAUAUCUCAGUAAUCCAUGUAUUUCCAACAAGUGGUAUAGUUUCAAAUAAUAAUGAGUUAAUGAGAGGGGGAAGCAGCACAGUGUUCAUCAUGGAAAUGCAAGUUGCUCUAUUUAUACGUAAAUGUGCCGCCGACGCGCAUGCGCAAGAUACCGUAGCAUGCACGCCACCUGUUGAUUCCAAGGCCCUCUACAAUAUUACUGCAUCUAUGGAGCGCAAACGAAUGCGUGUAAAAACUUGUGUCAGUGUUACAUAUGCACUGUACAAUGACUCUCCUAAAUCCAGUGACGUACAUGGUGACUCCCCUAAAUUGGGCAAUGUACAUGGUGACUUUCGGAAAUCUGAUGAUGAAGAUGUUGACGACGAUGAUGAUGGGGAACUUUCGGACUCGAGUCAGAGUGGCAGAUCUAGCAGACAGAGUGAUGUAUCUUCUGUAAAAUCUAAGAGAAGUGAACAAAAUGUUAUUGUUGUGAAUGCUGUUGAAAUUGUAAAUAAAGAAGAAACUCUGAAUGUCAAUCAGAAACAGGAGAAAAAUGAGAUGGAAACUGAAAGUACAGUUAAAAAAGAUAGUAUUCCUGGUCAUGGCGAAGAUUUAUCUGAUGUUUCAGAUUUAGACAGUAAUGAUGGUAAUGAUAGUUUGGAUGCAAUAUCUGAAGAAGACCGCCAGAAAAGAAAGAAUGAAGAGAACAAAAAAGUUGAGGAUGGAAAAGUAAGGAAAGACUCUUCUGCCGAGGAGGAAAUGGAACAGUUAGAUUUUGAAGCUGAAGAACAGCAGGAAAAGGAAGACAGAGAAGAAGGUGAGAAGAGUGAUGAUGAAGGUGAAUUGAAGGGUGAUGAUUUAGAAGAAGGAGAACCAACUGAUGAUGAUGAAAAUCGGCCCGAGGAAACAGAGCCACGGCCAGUUUGUCGAUUUUACAACUGUGGACAAUGCACUUGGGGCUCUAAUUGCAGAUUUCUGCAUCCCGGUGUGACUGACAAAGGAAAUUACACAAUGUUUGAUAUGGUGAGGCCUCUUGUGCCGAUGAAUGGUCCACCAGUAUACCCAGCGAUGGACUACAGGCCAUAUGAGAGAGUACCUAUGGGUGCUCCUUACGCAGGACCUCGGAAAGAUGACCCACCAGUUUUUGAGUCAGCUUGGGAAAGAGGCUUGCAGCAGGCUAAAGAGAUGAUGCGGAAGUCCACGAAGCGCAAGGAAACAGAUAUGGAUUUUGAAGAGAAGAAGAUGAAUCUUAGUCUCGGCCAAGAAGAAUUGGAUAAGGAGAAUGAUUACUACACACGUCCAGCUAGUCCAAUACUGAGAGACGACGCAGAUUGGUGGGGAGGUUAUAUGUAUGACAGCAUGAGUCCGGAUGCAGAGACAAAGUACCGCCCACAUGUCUGAGAGAGCAGCAUAUUGGCAGACCGAUUCGAAGAUGUGCCAGAGUCUCCAUACUACCACAGCUCCCGAGGAGGCAGCGACUAUUGGCGGCGUGUUCACUACGAACCUGGAGAGUCACGUGCUCUUCGUGUGGAAGCUGAGUACAGCAGAAGUGAACGUUCAAGCAAGUACCACCAGCGUUCCAGUGGGCCUUCCUCACACUACUAUGACAAAUAUGAUAAGAAAAGUAGUUCUAGUAGCAGUCGUCAGAAACCACCACCUUCACGAGAAGUCAUUGUGGAGUGUGCAGAGAAAGCUUGGCAGGAUGACAGGUAUGCAGAAAUAUCUGUUCCAAGCCACAGAGGCCGGGGAGAUCAGUGGGCUGAUCCAUGGAUGCGUUCAAAGUCACCAUCCAGUAGAAAAACAGGAUCAUCAAACAAAUGGCCCACUCGGCGUCCUUCUUAUUCAUCAGCAUCCUCAUACCCUUCGUCUAGUUUGAGUCGAAGUUCCAGUCAUUCCAGCUACAGUUCUUACAGUCGCGAUUCACGGUCCGGGUCCCGUUCGAAGUCCAAGUCAGUGUCGCGGUCCAGGUCCCGCUCCAGAUCUCGCGCACCUCAUUCCCGAUCUAGCUCGAGGACACCCCUGUCCCGUGCACGAAGGGAAGGCAAUCGACCUCUCAUUCCUACUGCACGCACUACAACUGCGGCCACUGCAGCUGCAGCCACUGCUGCUGCUGCUACUGCUGCUGCAUCUGCCAACAAUGAUGCACCUCGUUCACCCCCUGCCUCUCCUCGUAAGCCCUUCUCUAAGACAUCAGCAGCAGAACCAUGAUCAUUUGUCAAGACUGCCAAGCCACUUGCAUCAACAGUUACUCAGUCAGAGAAAAAGGCAGCUAAUGAAAGGGUACUCCUGAUGAACCCGCCAGCUCCCAGUCCUCGCAAGCCGAAGGAAGUAAGACCACCUUCGCCUGGAAUGAGGAGUAAAUCUGCACAGAAUCUUCCAGCACCUGUUCAAAAUACAGCUCCUCCUCGCAUUCCUGCUGUCUCCAAAUUAGCAAUGGAUCAUUCCAAAAUUGUUUUGGCUGCUGCAAUGUCUAAUAAAGAAAAGCAACGUUCACAAUCUCGAUCAAGGUCAAGAUCGAGGUCUCGGUCAUCACGAUCUUCAUCUGGCUCAGAUUCAAGGGGUUCCAGCAGUGAUUCAUCAGGUUCCAGCUAUUCUUCAUCUUCAAGCAGCAGGGAACCUUCACCAAGAGUCGUGCGGCCUCAGAAGCAUGUGGUAAUAGAUGAGAGAGAAAGACUUGCCCUUACACAGUCUUUGAAGGUUAAAGCAAUGGAUGCAUUAAAGCUCUCUGGUCAAAAGCAGCAGAUCAAAUUAACCUUGAAAACACCUGGGUCAAACCCUGCAGCACCUGCAAAACGGACUGUUACUGGUCUUCCAGAGCUCCCAGAACUAAACUUGGUUCGAAGAGAUCGAGCAGCGCCAGCAAUUAUAGCAGGCCGGAAAAGACCAGCGGAUAUGCCAUUGUCAGCAGAGUCAGUUUUAGCAGCCAAGGUGGCCGCGCUUUCUAAACAAGGAAGCAGCAAGAAAGCAACUUCUGGGAGAGAAGAGUUGUUGAAGCAACUAAAAGCAGUUGAAGAUGCUAUUGCUAGGAAAAGAUCAAAAUUUCCAGUGAUUACCACUAAAUACUUAAUUGCAGUGAAUGACAAAGGCAGUGAAAUUCGUAUAAACAAAAAUUCAGAGUAUGUAAUACUCAUAAUUAUUAAGAGAAAGCUGUCUGGUGCCAAUACACUAUUAUGGGAGCAUUAA